GGAAAUCGUGGCAAGAUGGCGUCCCUGGAUCGAGUGAAGGUUCUGGUGUUGGGAGACUCAGGUGCAUGACUACAAAGAAGGAACCCCAGAAGAGAAGACAUACUACAUAGAAUUGUGGGAUAUUGGAGGCUCUGUGGGCAGUGCCAGCAGCGUGAAAAGUACGAGAGCAGUGUUCUACAACUCUGUAAAUGAAUCACAACUGAGGGGCUGGAGGAAUGGUUCAGCAGUUAAGAACACCGGCUGCCCUUGGAGAAGCCCCAGCUGAUUCCCAGCCGCCACAGGGCAGCUCACAGCUGUCUGUAAUCUCAGCUCCAGGAGAUACACUGCCCUCUUCUACCUCCACAGGUAUUAUUUUAGUGCAUGACUUAACAAAUAAGAAGUCAUCUCAGAACUUAUAUCGCUGGUCAUUGGAAGUUCUCAAUAGAGAUUUGGUUCCAACUGGAGUCCUGGUGACAAAUGGGGAUUAUGACCGAGAACAAUUUGCUGAUAACCAAAUCCCACUGUUGGUAAUAGGGACCAAACUGGACCAGAUUCAUGAAACCAAGCGCCAUGAAGUUUUGACUAGGACUGCUUUCUUGGCUGAGGACUUCAAUGCUGAAGAGAUUAAUUUGGAUUGCACAAACCCACGGUCUUCAGCUGCAGGCUCCUCCAAUGCUGUCAAGCUCAGUAGAUUUUUUGAUAAGGUCAUAGAGAAGAGGUACUUUUUUAAAGAAAGCAAUCAGAUUCCCGGCUUUUCUGAUCGAAAGAGGUUUGGAGCAGGAGCAUUAAAGAACUUCCAUUAUGACUGAGCUGCGCUCGCCUUUGGGAGAGUGAGCGAGCGGUGGCAGUUGUCACAGCUUUCCUCCUGCUGUGUCAGGUUAUUAACUUCUCAGGCUCUGAUAAAAACAUCUCAAAAUGCUACCUCACCCUCUCAUGGAAAACUGAAAGAAAGCAACGAGUGAGGACCCUACUUGGCCCCUGUUGUCUGUGUUGCUCACCUCUCUGUCCCUGCUGAUAUCGUAUGGAAGAGCCUCGUGAAGACAUGAGACACUGUCGAGCCAGUGCCGCAAAUGGGCAGUGACAAGGGCUGCACCGAAAACUGACUCUUGUCUGCGAUUUUCCCACGCUCACUGCUGAAGGCUUAAUUAAGUUCUGGAGAAAACUAUCUGUGUUGUUCUACCUUCUUGAGGGGAAAGGUCAUGUUAACCAGCCCUGAGUUAUCCACCCCAAACCAUCUCUGUCAGUUUUAAAGAAGCCAAGUGGUUUUAUUUCCUUUUCUCCAGCCUCAUUACACACAGGGAUGCCUAAGAAUAGCAACCCUGUCUCCUCCCCUCUCCCCUGGAAAAGGCUUGGUGUCUGGCAGAGACGGACUAAUAGCUGGAGUUAAAUAGAAAUACAAAUUAAUAAUACAUGGAGACUAGACCAAAAGAAGGCCUCUGCGAGGCAUCGACAGCGCCUCCACACUUGAGAGUGCAGCUCUCGAAGGCCCUUUCUGCUCUCUGUUCGGAGAUCCACUGAGAUUUGAGAACAGCACAGGGGCAGGCAGAGAGAUUUACUGCUCUUUGGUCUUUUCUUUCUGUCUGUUGUUGUCCUGGUUUCGGGUUUGGUUUUGGUUCUUAAAGGAAAUUCAGAUCCUGAAAUACCCUUUAAUAUGAUGAACCAUAAACUAAGAAUAUUAUCCUUGAGUUAACAAUGUGUUUAUGAGAAAGUCAACCAAGUCCCAGAGUAGCACAUUCACAUAAAUUAUGAAGCCGUGUUUGGGCUUUCAGAACACUGCACAGCUUUUCAGCCGUGGUGUGUGUGUGUUCGCAUAAGUGUUCACCAUUAUAUUUUAGCCCAUCUUUUUUGCCGGUUUAAUUCUCUUGGCCCAGUUCUUCCUUAGUUCAUAAAAUUGGUUGCAAAAAAAAAAAAAAAAAGACUCUAAUUGGCUGCUGCGUUCAGCACCUUAUUAUCCAGAUUCUUCUCUGCUGCAGCUCUCAGCCCCCGAGUCUUGCAGCAAAUUAAAGAAAACAGUGAUAUAAGUACACAGUUGCAGCUCGCUUAAGACCAGGUAAGAACUACAAGGUUCAUUUUCUGUUCACUUUAAUUAAAUUUCAGGAGGACUCAGGAAGGCAGGGUAUGCUGGGAAGGAGCGUGAGGAGGAGCUCAGGAGGAGCACUUCUGAGCUGGGCUGCUCUGUCUUUACCAAGGCCGCUUUCAGCUUCUUUGCUGGUUUGAUUGUUCUUUGAUAUAAUUAGUGUUAUGCAGAUUAUGGUCUGGGUGUGGAAUUUGGCACAAGUGUGUUGUGGAGAGGCUGUAAAGCUGGGAAAGUAAAAACCAAAUGCUACACAAACUAUCUGAAACCCUUCGUAUUUCUCUUUUUAAAAUGAGAUCGGGAAGCAUGGACUGCAGCUCAAUGGUAGAGAAUUUAGCUAGCAUGUGCAAGACAUUACAUAUGUUUCCAAUAUCAAAAUUUAAAUAAAAAGUAAGUUAAACCCAUUCCUUUCUCUCUCCUUUCUUCUUAAUUAAGAGACCCACCCCAAUUUCUAUCAUUUCUUUGUUACUAAGAAAUAAAAGAGCUGGGCAGUGGUGCACGCCUUUAAUCCCAGCACUCCAGAGGCAGAGAGGCAGGUGGAUCUUGAAUUCUAGGCCACCCUAAUCUACAGAGCAAGUUACAGGGCAGCCAGAGCUACACAGAGAAAGCCUGUCUUGAAAAACACAUAAAGACAAGAGCUAGAAAGGGGCGAAUACAUGUUGCUCUUACAGAGAACCUGCAUUUGGUUAACAGCACCCACAUGGGCAGUUUACAGCCAUCAGUAACUCACUUCCAGGGGAUUCAUCUCUGUCUUCAGACCUCUUUAAACACUAUGCAUACAUAUAAAAUAAAAAUAAAUAAAUAUUUUUAAGGAUGGGGAGAUAAAAGCAACCCAUCAGUGAUGGCUACAGGAUCUGACUUGAUAAAUAGUGUUCUUCAAUUCCAUUUCUACCAUCUUGAUUCCUUGACCUAUACUUUUUCCUUAUAAUUUUAUAAACCUUAUUAUUUAAAAAAUAAAAAGUUGUAAAUAAAAUAAACAUCACACACCCAAAUUUAUCUGACCCAAAGUCUCUAUCUCUCAGCGAGCUUCUGUAUAGUUAGAGCUGCCAUUGUAAAGCUGGGGAGUGCCACAGUGAAUUUUACACCUUUACUGUCAAAUAGAUGUUCUUUGCACUUAGUUUUGAGCUGUAGUUUUCUAAAGAAAAAAUAAAUUUUAAUCUAAUCAUCUGAAGUAAACUUGUUACGAGUAUAUGUAGCAGCAAAGAAAGCCGUUUACCAAAUGAGUGUUAUUUGCCCAACAAAAGAAUGUUCUUGAAGCAUGACUUUUAAAGACUUAGUUAUAGAUACUACUUGUAAGCAAUAAUUUAGUAUAAUACAAAAAAAAUAAAUUAUUGUGACUGCCAGAA